AGGAACGUAAGGUUUUGAAAGGCCAGAGUUCCCUUUUAUACCGUUCCUUCGUGCAAAAUGACCAAAGGUACAUCAAGUUUUGGUAAGCGACGGAAUAAGUCACAUACAUUGUGCAGACGAUGUGGACGCAGCUCGUAUCACAUCCAGAAGUCACAAUGUGCUCAGUGUGGAUAUCCUCAGAAAAAAAUGCGGUCAUAUAAUUGGUCUGUAAAGGCUAAAAGGAGGAAGACCACUGGAACUGGUCGCAUGCGUUACUUGAAGAUUGUUCGCCGUAAAUUCAAGAAUGGAUUCAGGGAAGGUUUACCAAAACCAAAAUCAGUUCAAACUAAAUAAUCUUAACUUUUAUCACCAUG